AUGAUUUUCCUAAACCACAGAUCACUGUCCAGCCAGAAACCCAGUCAGCAAUCAAAGGCUCCAAUUUGAGUUUUGUGUGUUCGGCAGCCAGCAGCAGUGAUUCCCCAAUGACUUUUGCAUGGAAGAAAGACAACGAAUUGCUGCAAGAUGCUGAAAUGGAGAACUACGCGCACCUCCGGGCACAGGGUGGUGAGGUGAUGGAGUACACCACCAUCCUGCGGCUGCGCAACGUUGAGUUCAGUAAUGAGGGGAAAUACCAGUGUGUGAUUUCAAACCAUUUUGGUUCAUCCUACUCCGUCAAAGCCAAACUUACUGUAAACAUGCUGCCUUCAUUUACAAAGAUCCCCAUGGACUUAACCAUCCGUGCUGGGGCAAUGGCACGUCUGGAAUGUGCUGCUGUUGGCCAUCCUGUCCCACAGAUUGCUUGGCAGAAAGAUGGUGGGACAGAUUUUCCUGCAGCACGCAAGAGGCGCAUGCAUGUCAUGCCUGAAGAUGAUGUGUUCUUUAUUGUGGAUGUGAAGAUCGAGGACACAGGUGUUUACAGCUGUACAGCUCAAAACACUGCUGGAAGCAUUUCAGCUAAUGCAACGUUAACAGUGCUGGAAACACCAUCUUUUUUACGGCCUUUGCUGGAUCGAACUGUAACAAAAGGCGAAACUGCAGUCCUGCAGUGUAUUGCUGGUGGUAGCCCUCCACCCCGGCUGAACUGGACUAAGGAUGACAGCCCCCUCGUGGUAACGGAAAGACAUUUCUUCGCUGCAGGCAAUCAGUUACUAAUCAUUGUGGAUACAGAUGUAGAAGAUGCUGGGAAAUACACUUGUGAAAUGUCUAAUACGCUUGGAACAGAAAGAGGCAACAUCCGCCUUAAUGUAAUUCCUACUCCCACCUGUGAUUCUCCUCAAAACAUUGCCCCAUCACUUGAUGAUGAUGGAUGGGCCACAGUUGGCAUUGUGAUCAUAGCUGUGGUUUGCUGUGUGGUGGGCACUUCCUUGGUGUGGGUGGUCAUCAUCUACCACACCAGAAGGAGAAAUGAAGAUUGCAGCAUCACAAAUACAGAUGAAACACAUUUGCCUGCUGACAUUCCAAGUUACCUAUCAUCCCAGGGGACACUUGCUGAAAGGCAGGAUGGAUAUGGCUCGUCUGAAAAUGGCAGUCAUCAUCAGUUUCUCACAUCUUCUGCGGGAGGAUAUUUCUUGCAGCAGAGGGACAGUAAUGGCAUUUGUCACCUAGAUAACGGCAGUGAAACGGACUUGGAGGGCGUUGCGGAUCCCUUCUUGUGCCACUACCUGGGGACUUCAGGGACUCUGUAUUUAAAAGGAAACACGUACAGCUCUGAGGCCUUUGAAGCAUACGGUGCAAGUUGCAGCCCUGACCAAAGAACAGCAUGCCUGGACCCUUGUGAGUCUGGAUAUUUAAAGAAAAAGGAAUACUAUCAGUACUCACCUCCACUAGAAGACCCUUUUGACCAGUGUGUUGGCAUUAUUGGGAUGCAGGCCACAAGUAGUAAAUUGAUUAACUCAAUUUAUACUCAAAAUGAAGGAACUGGACUGAAGAGCAAAAGUCUGAACUUGGAUGCAUUUGAUUUAAACAGAAGUUUGGAACCCUCAUCUGUUAUCAGUAACAGCACUUUCAUGGGAACAUUUGGAAAGCCUUUAUGGAGGCCUCAGCCAGACUCUCUUUCAAGUUGUAGACAGCCAGCAAAUUGCCAGCGAAAAACCUCCCAUAAUAAUCCUCAUGCCUCACCGGACUUCAGUGCAGAGGCAGGCGAAGAUGGAAAGGAAAGGACAGUUUCUAGAGGAGAAAAUAGCGUUUAUACGUACAAACAAUCCCUUGAAAAUUUUAGGACUUCUACUUUCCAAUCCUGUGAUUUGGAUACAUAGCUCCUUUUGGACCUGCCAUUUAUUUCUGGAACCAAAGAAAUACUUUGACAUGCUACUACCUCAGUGUGGAAUUUUAUUUAAAAAGGGGAUAAGGGAAGAAAGAAUUCAGAACAAAUAAAUGCAUUUUUUAUUCAAAUAAAGCAUAAUUGCCAAAAUGCUUUACAUUUUUAUACAGGGAAAACAUUCCUUAUAAAAAUACUAUAUUUCUAAUUAUUUUAUAGCUUUGUUUUAUGCAUAUAGUAUCUUUUGUAAAUUAAUGGUGUAAAUAAUACAGCAUAUGUAUUUCUAUGUCAGACUUCAUUUUAUUGAAACAAGUAGUAAGCAUUCUAGUUUUGUACCGUUACUUGUACAUUUUUACAAAUGGAAACUCCAUGCUGUUUGCAGGUAUCAUGCAUCUUAUUUGCACAUUACUGUUUUAAUAAAAUAUGCUGCCAUGUGGUCUCUGACCCACAUU